GGCUGGCUGUAGCCCUACGUGUGUCGUCCCCCCUUCUCUCUUUGUCCCUCCUCCAUAGUAAGAAUCAACCGAGCGCUAUCAAUCGGCUCGCAUCCUGCUGCAAACUAGGAUAAGCCACCACCACAACAACCUUCACUUCACUUUCACGUUCAUUUAGCCCCUCUCUCUCUCUGACACACCGACCAGCAGCGUCCUAUGAUUUGCCUGCCUGAGAUGCGAUUUCGCUCUCCCCUUUCCCGGAGAAUAUCGUCCGUUACUCCCCACUGAAAGACCAUGCCCGAGACGGGGGCGGCGGGAGCAGCAGUCCCUGCAGCAGCGGGUAGCAGCUCCUCCGACAGCAGUGGUGGCACCGAGAGCUCGCGACACAGACACCGAUCGCAAGGCGAAGGGGAAAAGACAGAUCAAAGUGCUGCCUCCUCGCAGCAAACGUCAUCCGGUGUACUGGAUAAGUUAUUUGGGAAGCGGCUGCUGCAGGCUGGGAGGUACAUAAUGUCUCAUAAGUCCUGGAUGAAGACCGUGCCCACUGAGAACUGUGACGUCCUCAUGACUUUCUCAGACCGGACAGAUGACCACACGUUGCUAUGGCUACUAAACCACAUGCGCCUGGGCAUUCCAGAACUCAUCGUCCAGAUCCGACAUCACAAACACACGCAUGUACACGCCUUCUUCGUCACGGCAACUUACGAGAAUUUGUUGCGCGGGGCAGAGGAGAUGGGUCUGAGGAAGUCAUUAAAGCCAGAGUUUGGGGGAGGAACACGCAGCUUCUCCUGUGAAGAAGACUACAUCUAUGAGAACAUUGAGAGUGAACUAUGCUUUUUCACAUCACAGGAGAGGCAGAGCAUUAUCAAGUACUGGCUCGACAAUCUACGAGCCAAGCAGGGGGAGGUGCUUCAUAACAUACACUUCCUGGAGGGACAGCCAAUCAUCCCAGAGCUGAGUGGGCGGGGUGUGAUCCAGCAGGUGUUUCCUCUCCAUGAGCAGAGGAUCCUCAGUCAGCUGAUGAAGUCCUGGGUGCAGGCUGUGUGUGAAAAACAGCCACUAGAUGAUAUUCGUGACUACUUUGGGGUGAAGAUAGCCAUGUACUUCGCCUGGCUGGGGUUCUACACCACGUCUAUGCUGUAUCCUGCUGUCAUCGGCUUCGUGCUCUGGGUUCUCACCGAGUCUGACCAGACGAGUCGUGAUAUAUGCUGUGUGGUGUUUGCACUGUUUAACGUGGUGUGGGCCACACUCUUCUUGGAGAGGUGGAAGAGAAGGGGGGCGGAGCUGGCCUAUAAGUGGGGUACGCUGGACACCCCUAAUGAGUCCCUAGAGGAACCACGGACGCAGUUUAGGGGUGUGAAGCGGUGCAGCCCCAUAACAGGCUGUGAGGAGUUUUACUACCCACCAUGGAGGAGGAGGGUGUUCAGGUGGCUGGUCAGCCUGCCCAUCUGCAUCCUGUGUCUCUGCUUUGUGUUCCUGGCCAUGCUCCUCUGCUUCGAACUGCAGGAGUUUGUUAUGGGGAUUAAAGAAGUACCUCGCCUGGCCCGGUUCAUCCCUAAGAUCAUGCUGGCCAUCACUGUGACUGCCUGUGACGAGGUGUACAGGAAGAUAGCCUACUGGCUCAACGACAUGGAAAACUAUAGACUCCAGAGUGCCUAUGAGAAACAUCUCAUCAUUAAAUUGGUUCUUUUUCAGUUUGUAAACUCUUAUCUCAGCCUUUUCUACAUUGGAUUCUACCUCAAAGACAUGGAGCGUCUGAAAGAGAUGCUGGCCACCCUGCUGAUCAUCCGCCAUUUUGUCCAGAACGUGAAGGAGGUGAUGCAGCCUUACCUGUACGAGCGCCACAAGCUGGGCGAGCUCACCCUGCGCAGCGUCUGGGAUCUGCUCCUCUCAGCCCUGCUCAAGUACUGCAGGCUGGCCGCAGGAAAGCCCCAGGCUUCACCCACCGACCAGGCCAUGCCGGGCCCUGGCCUGAGGGGAACCAGACCCGGGGUGGGACAGCCUGACCGCAGGGAGAAGAAGUGUCUGAACGGGGGAUGUGGGGUGCCUGAAGAGGAGGAGGGAGAGAGGGAGGAGGGGGACAGUGGGAGGUUCAGUGAGGGAGAGAAUGAGGAAUCGUCUGAGAGUCUGAUAGACUGUGGCCUCAAGCUGAGGAAGGUCAGCUUCAUAGAAAGGGGGACAGGAAGUCGUCUGGAGGGGGCUGCAUCCCCACUGGAGGACAGUUUCUUGGAGGACGGCAGCCCCACUAUGGUGGAGAAGGGGAUGGAUCCGGCAUCGGUGUUCGAGACAUAUGAUGAUGACGAUGACAAUGGCGUCACUGAGACAAAGGACACGGGAGUUUUGGCCAAUGAGAGUAUGGCGGCUGCCCCGCUGCCUUCUGGGCCAGAGAGCACGGUGACGGUGCGUCAUCGCAGAAGGCAGAGGAGUUUGGAGAGGGCAGACUCUAAAACCAAGCGGGAGUCAUGGAUCGACCCACCAGAGGAACAGGAGAGUACGAGUCUGGCACAGGCUGAGAUGGAGAGCUGCAUGCAGACAUAUGAGGACACCUUCCAGGACUACCAGGAGAUGUUUGUCCAGUUCGGCUACGUAGUUCUGUUCUCCUCAGCCUUCCCCCUGGCGGCCAUGUGUGCCCUCAUCAACAACAUCAUCGAGAUCCGCAGCGACGCCUUCAAGCUCUGUACCGGCCUGCAGAGACCCUUUGGCAAAAGAGUGGAGAGCAUCGGACAGUGGCAGACAGCGAUGGAGGCCAUGGGUCUGAUCGCCAUCAUAGUCAACUGUUACUUGAUUGGUCAGUGUGGUCAGCUGCAGCGCCUCUUCCCCUGGCUCAGCCCUGAGAUGGCCAUCAUCUCCAUUGUCAUCCUUGAGCACUUUGCCAUCCUGCUGAAGUACAUCAUUCACGUAGCAAUCCCAGACAUCCCCAGCUGGGUGGGGGAGGAGAUGGCCAAACUGGAGUACCAACGUAGGGAGGCUUUCAAGAAGCACGAGCGGCAGGCGCAGCAGCACUACCAACAGCUACAGAGGAGGAAGAGAGAGGAGGAGGAGAGGCAGAGGCAGACCGAGCACCAGGCUCGCAGGGAGAGGGAGAGAGAUGAGGGGAAGGACUCCUCCGGGGGAGACCACCACCACGACAAGAGCCACGGGGGGAAGUCCCGCUCUGGAGGGGGUGGAGGUGGGGACAAGCCCAAGAGGCCCAGCUCCCUCCUGGCCAACAACAACGUGAUGAAGCUCAAACUGAUCACCCCCUUACAGAGCAAGUUCUCCUCCGGCAGCGCGCGCUCCCCUCAGUCUCCCACAGGAAACGAACCCAAGCUCCCCGGGUUCCUCAGCUUCAAGUUCCUCAAGUCGCCUGAGAAUAAGAAGGAAGCGGCUGCUGCCGCUGCAGCUGCAGCCACGGCAACGAAUACCACGACGACCGCGACCGCCCCCGGCGGUAACCAGGAGCGGUCUCAGUCGCCGAGCAAGUCGUUCAACCCUGGGAAACUAUUUAACUUUGGGAAGUCAGAGGGGGGCUCCUGUGUGAAUGGGUCCCAGUUACCCCGACCAGGGGAGGCUUCCCAGGGAUCUGACAAACAGCUCACCAAGUCUGACCUGAAUGGGGUGCCGGACGAAAUCCCCUCGCCUGGAGGGGAUGAGGGGGAGAACGGACACCACACAGACUCCUCAGACCCUAAAGUCUAGGCUCUCUUUGGAUGGGGAGAUGACAAACUACUAUGAGAACUUCACUUAAUAUAUCUAUUAGAAGGAGAAAUGUAUGUGGAGAAAAGGUCAAGCCUCUCUGUGCUGUCUGGAUCUGAGGAUGUGUAUGUAGACGCUGCCUGGGGGCUGUGGGGGGGGGGACUAAUGGUAAUGAUGAUGGGAUGUGUGGGUCUGCAUUGUUGCUGUUGCUGAGAGACUUUCAGGCUUAAUGGUGAAGACAUAACCCACCCUUUUACCCAUGGCCACACACACAUGCACACACACACACACGCACACACACACAUAGAAUCCUCUUUUGUCUGCAAUACAUAUAGAAAUGCAUGAGCUGCAUUUCUGAUACUUUCCGAGCAUUUUCCAAAAAAAGGGAGAGCAGUGUUUCUUGAUUUAUUCUAUUCUGAAAAUUGUAAGCAUCCUGGUGGCCAUCUUGCCACUGAAACAUAACAUCCUGGUGGCCAUCUUGCCACUGAAACAUAACAUCCUGGUGGCCAUCUUGCCACUGAAACAUAACAUCCUGGUUUCGAAGGUCAGAAGAAUAAAAUGGAUUGGUGUGUGUGAAUCAAAAGCAUAAUGAGACCUUUCACAGUCACCACACAAUGGUGGCCUGAUAUCAGACUCACUUUUGACUGUGACGGUCGAUCGGCUUUUCUACUUAAUACGAACCGGCUGUGCGAGCCGAGCAAUAUCAAAUCAGUGUUUCAAAUCUGAGCAGUACUGCAAAACACGUCCAGUUCUUUGUUUUUCACCCACACUCUCAUCUGAAGGCAUACGUGAGCAGUCGUGAGUUUUGUAUAUACAGUACAUCCCAUGAAAACAACGGCAAUAUCUGAAGUGUAUGUCUGACACAGUGCGUGGGAAACAGGAUGUUGUGUUUGACGUUGUGAAAGGCAAAGAUGAAAAUCGUUUGAUAAAAGACAGGCUUUGUCUUGCAUGAGAGAGAGAGAGAGAGAGAGAGAGAGAGAGAGAGAGAGAGAAAGAGAGAGAGAGAGAGAGAGAGAGAGAGAGAGAGAGAGAGAGAGAGAGAGAAUGAAAGAGUUGUUUUGACUGAUUCCACAGGAUGUUGAUGUGGAUUAUACAGUACACGGUAUGUAUCAUGGAAAGUCUGGGUUCCUGUAGUUUACUGUGUGCCAUUCUAAUCUCUCCCCAUUCAAGCCUGCAGAGAGACAUUCUACACAGUAUACUAAUGGCUCUCCAUUUCAGCACACAGAUCUGACUAGAUUUAGUGAGUAGACUAGACAUAGAAAGUGAGAAGAUUUGCACUAAACUCUGCCGUUCUGCACUGAGACAGCAGAGCCUGUUCUGACUGCAGGUGUAAAAUGAAGAACUAUACCGGUCUGCCUCACAACACAACAUAACAUAUACAAACGUUGGAUUUUAUUAUCGCUAGUAUCUUGUACUGUAGAUGCUGUCGUCAUUUCAUCCGACAUCCCUAGUUCCUAAAUCCCAGGUGGCUGCUGGUCCCCAUCCAUUCAUUUGAGAGCUGAUAAUAUAUUUUCUAUUGUUUAUUCUAUUUAUUUUCAAUGGAAUUUGUUGCCAAAGCAUCACCUUUCUGACUACACUGGCAGUGAUAGCAUAGAGAUGACAGAUUUCUAAAUUCCUUUUGUAAACCAAUCCAAAGGGAUUAUUCAACCGUUUAUUUUCUAUAAUGUGGCCAGAGGAUGGUGCCAGAGUACAAGACAGUGUUUUAUACAUCUAACUUAGAGUAGGAUGUUUUGCGUUCCCCAAUCCUAUUGCUAACGUUAGGAUUUGGGGACGUUAAUCUGAUGUUACAUCUGUGUUUAUGAACUCAUAUUAAAUCCCAGUCUUCAUUGGAAAAAAAAGAACCAUGGCAAGUGAGAUUCAGCACAGCAUUGGAGAGACAGAAACAUGAACUAUGCACCUCCACUUCAUCCUCUCUGGCUAAGAUCUUUGCAAUAAUACAGUGUUAGAGGGACAGUGACACAGACACAACGCUAGUCUAUUACUGGUCCAUGCCUUCAGUACUCCAUCUCUUCAGACUGUGUUCCACCAAUAGGAUCUCUUAGUACUCCAUCUCUUCAGACUGUGUUCCACCAAUAGGAUCUCUUAGUACUCCAUCUCUUCAGACUGUGUUCCACCAAUAGGAUCUCUUAGUACUCCAUCUCUUCAGACUGUGUUCCACCAAUAGGAUCUCUUAGUACUCCACCUCUUCAGACUGUGUUCCACCAAUAGGAUCUCUUAGUACUCCACCUCUUCAGACUGCGUUCCACCAAUAGGAUCUCUUAGUACUCCAAUCUCUUCAGACUGUGUUCCACCAAUAGGAUCUCUUAGUACUCCACCUCUUCAGACUGUGUUCCACCAAUAGGAUCUCUUAGUACUCCAUCUCUUCAGACUGCGUUCCACUACCCAAUAUAGGGUCUCCAGCUGACCUGGAUUCUCAGUGUGGGUAUCAAUAGGGAACAUCCCAUCACUCCAUCUGGGCUGAAACACACACACACACACACCUGUCUGAAAUAGGAAACCUGAUUUUAGGAAGCUCCCCUGGUAUUAUAUUCUCUUAAUCUCUGAUCAUCUCUCCCUGUGCUUUAAAUAUGAGGUUAACUAAAAUGCCUGUCAAAUAUGCAUUUUGGCCUAAAACAUACAUAGCCUUCUGUCAUUUAGCAUGGAUUGCCUAUCUAUAAUGUACUUCAAGCUACAACAUAAUGGCAAGGCUCAUGCUUCCGCAUUGAGACUGAAUAUAGCAUUUUCAUGAACAUAGUGGCAACAAUAAGAAUUGAGCUCUGACUGACUGAACUAGUUGUGGUAGUUACAGCUCUGACUGACUGAACUAGUUGUGGUAGUUACAGCUCUGACUGACUGAACUAGUUGUGGUAGUUACAGCUCUGACUGACUGAACUAGUU